AUAUGAGUAUUAGCGUCGGUACGAUCAGUUUAAGUUUUAGGUUGAGUUUUACGACUUCAACCCCAUUCACACUCGAAAGUCUAUAAAUAGAUGCUUCAUAUAUCACUCUCAACUCCAUAAACACUUCCAUUUCUUCUUCUCAAAUCUCAAUAAUUAUCCAUCAAUAAUGGAGAUUUCACCAAAACGUUCCCAUUCUCAUUAUCUCUUCUACAUUUCUCUCCUCCUAGUGCUCUCUCACUUCUCCUUUUCCGACGCUGAAAUCCCACCGUGCAACCCACAAGACGAAGCCGUCCUUAUAAAAAUAAGAGACCAUUUCGGUGGUAAAAACGGCCCUCUUUCCGACUGGGAUUCUGACUGCUGUUUUUUCCCCUACGUCGGGUGCGGCGGUGAAGGAAAAUCUUACGGCCGGGUCACCGCCGUCACUUUCCCCCUUAACGGAAUUCUUUCCGGCACUAUUCCCUCAGACUUCGGUGACCUCCCUUUCCUCGACUUUUUAAUUAUAGCUAAUAACGUUAACGUCACCGGAAGUAUCCCCAAAUCUUUAGGAAAACUCAAGAAACUGUACCAUCUUGAACUUAACUCUAACAGUUUAACGGGUCCGAUUCCAAAAGAAGUGUUACAGUUAACGGGUCUUAAAGAAGUUGAUUUAUCUUACAAUAAGCUGUCGGGCCCGAUUCCCCCGUCGGUGUCGUCAUUAAAAUCUCUUACGAUGUUUAAUGUUUCACAUAAUCAGCUUUGUGGGCCCAUUCCAGCUGGGCUGAACAAGUUCGGUAAAAAAAGCUUUCUUAGUAAUAAGUGCCUUUGUGGUCCUCCUUUGAGUACUCCUUGCAAGUGAGGUUCGAGAUUGCUACUGAUAUUAACAAUUAUUCUCCUAAUAUAUCGAUAUUAAUAAUAAUUUUAAAAGGACUAAAUUCUCCUAGUCCUAGUAUUGGGUAUUAAUAA